UGCACAUUUUUCAUGUUUAUUUUUUGGGAUCCAUAUCCGUUCCUCAAUCUAAUCGAUUUGAAAAAUUAAUUUAAAACGGUUCUUUACAAAACUCUGCCAGCCUUUAUAAGUAGAAGCUGUAGCUCUCCGCUCGCAUUUCACCAAAAUGCAGGCCAAUGGUAUCUCCAACGUAAUUUUACCAGACGCGAAGGACCUAGGGAGAGCGCUGUGCAUCAUCACCGGGGCGUCCAAAGGAUUUGGCCGAACCAUAGCGAAAGAGAUUUCCCUGUUGCUCAAACCGAGGUCGGUGCUUGUUUUGGCGGCUCGCUCCGAUGAGAAAUUGCGGGAACUCCAGGCAAAUUUGGCUUCGUCGGAUGCGGGCAGGGCAGGGUUGGUAACUCGUUGUGUUGUUGUAGACCUGGGAAUGAAAGAAGGGGUGGAAAGUGUCAUCAGGGCGGCGAAAGAGAUUUCCUCCGAGGAUAUUGACCAUCUCAUACUGAUAAACAAUGCUGCCUCUCUGGGAGACGUGUCGCGCUAUGCACAGAGCUUCACCAACAUGGCGGAGGUGGACUCCUACCUGUCACUCAACGUAAGCUCCGCCCUCAGCCUGACAGCCGGCCUGCUGCAGGUGUUCCCACGACGACAGGGGCUGCGGCGCUGUGUAGUCAACGUGAGCUCGCUGUGUGCCCUGCAGCCCUUCCCCUCCUGGGUGCUUUACUGCACAGGCAAGGCAGCCCGAGACAUGAUGUUCCGUGUGCUGGCAGAGGAGGAGCCGGACCUCCGUGUACUCAACUAUUCCCCAGGUCCCCUGAACACGGACAUGCAGGUGGAGGCCAGGGACUGCACGGCAGACCCUGGCGUGAGGAAGUCCUUCUCAGUCAUGCUCUCCCAGGGUCAGCUGCUCACCUGUGAAGACUCCUGUGCUAAGCUAAUGAAGGUGCUGCUGGAGGAUGACUACCCCUCCGGAGCACACCUUGAUUUCUAUGAUCUGUAGGGAGAGAGGGGGGAACUAGAAGACACAGUGGGGCUCAGACUGGAGAUGAAUAUUUCUGGUCUAGGUACAAUUUUAUAGCCAGAACAACUGGUACUGGUUCAGAUUAGUUAGUUCGCUUCAAAGAUGGUUUUGGGUUAAUAAGAUCUGAUUCUAAACCUGUUUGAGGUGGUAAGGAUUGAGUGAACCUUUUACCGAAUCAGAAGGAAACAUGGAGAAGGAAGGUUGAAGAUGUUUCCGUCAUCCAAAGCCAUAGGCCUACUGUAGUUACUGAGUUUGGCAAACUAUCCUGAGUCCAUGUUAGGGCCUAACAUUCCAUCCCAUGACAGUACUGUUCUAAUUUGCCUUGGAACUUUUGGUACCAAAAUAGCAUAUAUUAAAGUACUUUAUCUCAAACAAAGUUUACUGAACUCUAAACUGUGCAUUUUCUGAUCUGCCAUUUCCUAGUUGUUAGUGGUGCUGAUAGGCUGUGACCAUUCGUACAAACACGAGCAUAACAAAACCAAUGAAAUCAAGUAAAGGCUGCAACUUAUUGGUGAUUUAACGUAGAUUAUUUCUUGUUCCUUAUAUGAUCAUACGUGUAUACUUGAAUGGUGCCUUCAUGCAUAACCUCUGCUUAUAUGUAGAUCUGUUUUUGUAGUAUAGAUGUACCAUUCAAAAUCAUUUAUAUUUAUUGAGACCAAAUUUACUGCUGUUAAACAGCAUAGGAGAAAAUAAUUGCUUUAUCUUCCUGUCUGCACUUUUAUUAAUGCCUUUGCUUUUUAAGAGUUGUAGCGCUCUACUUGUGGCAUUUCAUGGAGAUAUUCCAUAUGUUUAUCAGUGUUGUGGUGAAAUCCUGCACAGAGCCUUCACCGUGUGCUACCACUAACUUCUUCAUGAUUGGUGGGUUCCCUGUGGGACGGUUGAGCUAAUGUAGACUAAUGCGAUUAGCAUGAGGUUGUAUGUAACAAGAACAUUUCCCAGGACAUAGACAUAUCUGAUAUUGGCAGAAAGAUUAAAAAGAAUUUAAGCUAA